AGCUCAAGUACGGCCGGCUACAAGAAAACUGACAUCAGUUUGUUUUCAUCACUCAAACGAAUCGCAUUUGUGUUGUUAUUGUUUUUGUUUUUGUCACCUUGUCCCACGAAUUGGACGAUUUUCACCAUUGGAAAUAUAAUAUUUUAGCUGUCGUGUUGAAUAUCAUGUACAUUUUUAUUGAUCGGACGAAAUAAAAAUUAUAACGAUUUGAAUGCAACCAACAAAAUACACAAAAACAAUAGCAAAACAGAGAAACAUGGACACGAUACCAAAUGGCCCACUAGAUGAUAUUAGGAAAUUGGGUGAAAUAUUGAUGAAACGUACUUCAGAAAAGGAAUAUUAUCGGUUUUUACACAUUCAAGAGCAAUGUCGCUUGAAAUGGCAAGCAACUAUGGACAAAUUUACGCAGCUAACAAAGGUAUAUGAAAAAUGUGUAAUGGAGAGAGAUGAUUUGGCCGCAAAUUUACAGCACAUUGGUCACUUAUGGGAACGAGAAAAGGAAUUUCGACGCUCGAUGGAAUGCGAACGCAAUUUUUAUAAAAUGAAACUGGGCCGAAUCCACGAACAUUGUGACCGUGGCAUAGAAAAACAGAAAAAACAGAACAAACAGAGCGAUCGCAAUGACAAGAAUGUCGACGAAAUGACUUCGACUGGAUCAUUUUUAUCGGAUUUAUCAGAAUUGUCGCCGAAUGAAGAAAAUUACAUCGACAACACAGAGGCGAUUUUUCAAAGUCGACAAACAUCGAAGGAAUUUGACACAAUAUUUGAUGAUCGAGAAAAUCAAGAAAAGCUUGCCAAAUCAAAGAACAAAGGCUUACUUGAGAAAACGUUCCAAGUCAUUGCAAAUCAAAGCGAUAAACGCAACCAAAGUUUGGACGAGAGUCCCGAUUCCGGUGAUAUUAGCGAGUAUAAUCGAAGAGUUCAAAGCCCACCGAAACGUAUUAAGAAGCAUAUCCAUGUAUCCGAAGAAAUCAAUCGGGCAAAACAAAAAAAAUCCAAAGAGUAUCGAGCACGUAGAGAGUUGUCAUCAGAAGAAGUGAAUCCAAAUCCCAUCUACGAGCGAAUUGAAGGUGAUGGUAACAAUUCGUUCGCUUUUGAUAACAGGGGAAAUUGGCCGAAAAUAGAGAGUGCCGUAACAAAAACUUCAAGUAAUUUUUUAUAUGGAACCGAUUCAAAAUCAGACCUUCCGAUCGAUUCGAACUGUAAGCAUACGUUUUCUCAUCGCAAUGCAUCACGGUCCGUUGUUUGCUUUCACUGCUCGAAAAAAUUCAACUUUGGAAUAUUGGCUUUCAAGUGUACGUCAUGCGGAGUUUUUGUUCAUCGCAACUGUAAAUCACGUUUGAAGUCCAGAGCAAAAGCACAACGACUCAUGAAAAGUAACACGAAGGAGUAUUUCAUAUGCGAUUAUGUUACCAGCUAUGGUCCAAGUGUACCACCCCUAAUUGUUCACUGUGUGAAUGAAGUGGAGACUCGUGGUCUAUCGGAACGUGGCAUUUACCGGGUCUCCGGCUCUGAGAAGGAAAUCAAAGCGCUAAAGGAUCGGUUCUUGCAGAAUGAAGAUGUCCCGGACCUAUCGAACAUUGAUAUGCAUGUUGUUUGUGGCUGCAUCAAGAUUUUCCUACGAAGUUUGCGCGAGCCACUCAUUCCGACCCGUCUCUGGAGUGUAUUCUCGAAUGUAGUCGUCGACUUCGAUGGCGAUUCCACUGACGGUAACAUCCAGAGCCACCUUCAAUACGAAAUAGGUCGAUUGCCGAAAGCCAAUCGCGACACAUUGGCUUUUCUGGUUUUACAUCUACAAAGAGUCGCAACAUGUGGCGCAGUGCAGAUGCCAAUUUUGAAUUUGGCCAAAGUAUUCGGACCAACUGUCGUUGGAUACUCAAAGCAAGAGCCAGAUCAUGCAACUAUUCUCGGAGAAACCAUUAUUCAGCAAAAUGUCAUGCAACACUUUUUGAAUAUUCCAACCGACUAUUGGUUCAGUUUCAUUAGUGAAGAUUUAGAUGUGUGACAAACCCAAAAUUUAUAUCGAAAAAUGAACAACACCAAUUUUUUACCUGUAUGUCAUUAUUUUAGCCAUUGACGCAUCGAAGUAACAGUAGCAAUUGACCACGAAUUUAGAGAUUUUGAGCUUAUUUUUUGUAUUUUUCUUACAACAGCAAUAAAACAUAACUGUGAAGUUGCAAAAA